UGUACGGCGUUGUACGUGCAUAGCAUCGAACUGCAGUUAUGUCGUGCAAUGUACCUAUGUUUUCGUUAAAACACAAAGGUGGCCAGUAUUUGUUAUCCGUAAUCAUAAACGAAUUCAUAAAAAAAAAAGAUUUUAAAGUUGUUAACACUAUAAACUGUUAAACUAUUUUUCAAGCUGUAAAAUUUCUGUGAUACGUACAAUACAAAAUAGCAUAAGCGAGCGAAACAAAAAAUAAAAAUGCCAUGCUGGUAUUACGAGAAGAAGGAAUUGCGGAAUACUCCGUCGAUUCAAGAUGGGAUUGAUUAUGAAACUGAGUGUAGAUAUAGGAAAGAAGGAGCACGAUUCAUAAUAGACACGGGCACAAAAAUGGACUUGGGUUACAAUACAAUGGCAACCGGUGUUGUUUACUUUCAUCGAUUUUAUAUGUUCCAUUCGUUUAAAAACUUUCCACGAUACGUGACCGCAUGCUGUUGUUUGUUCCUGGCAGGUAAAGUAGAGGAAACGCCAAAAAAAUGUAAAGAUAUCAUUAAGACUGCAAAGACAUUGUUAACCGAACAAAAAUUUAUGACAUUCGGGGAAGAUCCCAAAGAAGAGGUCAUGACGCUAGAAAGAAUUUUGUUACAAACUAUUAAAUUUGAUUUGCAAGUAGAACAUCCAUAUAGUUACUUGUUAAAGUAUGCAAAAUGUUUGAAAGGUGACAAAAACAAAUUACAAAAAAUGGUUCAAAUGGCUUGGACAUUUGUUAAUGACAGUUUAUGCACAACAUUGUCAUUGCAAUGGGAACCUGAAAUUAUAGCUGUUGCUCUCAUGUAUUUGGCAGGAAAGCUUAGUAAAUUUGAAGUGGUAGAUUGGAAUGGAAGACAACAGAAACAUUUACGUUGGUGGGACAUGUUUGUCGAAGAUGUUACUAUGGAUCUUCUAGAAGAUAUAUGUCAUCAAGUAUUAGAUUUAUAUUCUCAAGCUAAUAACACAAAACCGCCGGAUUCACCGCCAAUGACACCAUCCAACGAACCAUGCAGAGACAGAUCUGUACCAGUACCUCCCGCCGAAGCAUCGGCAUCUACCACGCCAAAUGUUACACCAGGAAAGUCUACUAAGGUUGAAGUAACUGCAGUCUCCGCAAAUGGAUGCCCAACUAUCGAUGGUACAGAAACGGUAAAACCAAUUGAUGUGGCACAACAUUUCCCAACAUAUCCAGCUAAUUUUCCCCCAAAUAGUACCAAUUAUCCACCAGCGUUUCCUCCGACAAAUGUUUCGGUGCCUCCCCCUCCCGUGAAUACAAUGAAUCACAUUGUUCCACCGAUGCAUCAUAUUGGUUCAACUAGUACCAUUAGACCUGCACCACCUGCCCCUACUACACCACAACCACCAUUUCAGCCAUACCCUUACCCCACAAACGCAUCAUAUUUUCCUCCGAGUAAUCCGGUCCCUCCGACGCCCACACCGCGCACCUAUUACCCACCACAAUCUUAACACAUGGAAAUUAACAACGCCAAAAAUAUAAUUCCUACCGAUGUAAGUAUCAUUAUCUUAUUUAAAGUUAGUAUUAUCGAGGAGAUACUAAACGAAGUCUUGUAAAUAUUGUAAAUAUGUAAGAUUUACU